AGAGUCAACAUGCAUGGCUGCGAUCAGAGGUUUUGUAGCGGAAAAGGCCCACUUCGAAAAUAACCACGGCAAUUAUAGUAGUUUUCCCUGAUUCAGGUGACAUAAAGCUAGAAGAAAGGCUUCAACAAGAGGCUGUUUGAACUCUUUUUGUUUUCGUGUAUCCAUGUCUUCGUUGUCAAGUUCGACAAGUAGGCCAAAUUAUGCGUCAACUUUCCCAGCACCAGCAUCAACCGAAAUUACGCCAGUACCAGCAGAUGAACGGAUUUUUUUUCAAACUGCCGCUGCACGUGGUAUUUCUGGGGUCUUUGUUUGGUUAUCGUUGAUCAUAACAGGUCAUCAGGUGAGAAAUCUUACAAGUUUUGGUUUCACAAGGUAGUGUUUUUGUUUACCCCAAAUCAAGUGUAAAGUUAUGUACUAUUGGCUUCUCUUGUAGCUAAACUUUUGAGUUAUCAAGUCCCUUGAGCUUUAAAGCUUAAGUUUGUAUUAUAUACUAUGAAACGCGUAUUUUACUGUUUCACGUUAUUUCAUGUCACAGUUUUGUGCCAGGACAAACGAGAGCCUAAAACUUGUGACAUAUACCGUUCAUGUUAUUUUAACUCAGCUCAAGCUUAUAUUCAUUUGAUAUAAGACUUAGUGUUAAAUAUUAGAUUGUGUCUUCUCUCGAUUGAAGCACAUUUCCCUUAGUAAAAAAGAAGAAAUUAUUUCAUUUGUCAUUCACGAAAUAAAAAAUCAAUUCUGGUAGUGGAAUGAGAUGGAGGUGCAUAUUUUAAUAUAAUAUAUUUAAUAUACACUUAAUGUCAAAUCCUGAGGGAAACAGUUAGUUUUGUUUUCACUCGAGUCCUGAUGUUUCCCGAGAUGAAGUCGAGGGAAACAUCAGGACUGGUUUCCCGAGGGAUCUGACAUUAAGUGUUUUGUUAUAUUUCUAGACUUUCACUUCAACAGCAACAAAAGAAUAACCGGAGCGAACCAAAACAAUUGACUCAGUAUUUAUAACAACACAAAUUUAAUUCUCAAAACAGCUGAAUGAAUGAUGUACAAAGUACUUUCCUUAUAUUAUCUGCAUCUUUUUCCUCCACUAGCUUCGGUUUUUCUUCUGGGAACUUCUGGGAUAACUUUGAAAAUUGUUGCUUUUUAGCUUGAGGCUUCGUGUUUGUGUUGUUGUGUUCAUUCACGAAAAAGAAAGCUGGCAGUGUUUUUCCCGCCUUCUGUCACGCCACUUUCCACCAUGCUUUGAUCACGUGCUUUAAUGUAGCCCGAGCGGGGUACAUUACUUAAUGUAUCACAAUCGGGAUACGUUUGAUUUAAGUCAAGGCCACGUGACCAAGAAUCAACCAAUGGUAGUCCCUGUUUAGUUGAGUGAAAGGCUAAGAAUAUAACAAUAUAGUUUAAUAACUUUGACUUUGCAUAUUAAUUGAAUUGUGUUGACUCAUCUUUGAUGUGUAUGUGAAAUAUUGUUUUUAUAUUUCAAACAAUUUGAAAAAUUAUGUUUUGAAUGUGACAUGAACUUGCUAAGAAGCAGCACUGGCUGCUUCCUUUUGGUGCAUCUAAAAAUAAUACUUAUGUCCAAUACUGACUCAAAAACCAGCUUAUGUGAAUUUUAGGGUGCAUUCCUUUGGGAUGUUCUGGAUCAGGAUCAGUUAUCUGAGAUCUGCACUCAGAUCAUGGUACCUCAAAUGAACCAAUGAAUCCUUUCCCAGAUUGGAUUCCAGUAGUGGAAAUUACUGUCGGACAUCGAACAUUGUCUGACCAAAAUGCUGUGAAUGUCUGACUAAUUUUGCAAUGAGAGAUGAGAGAUGAAAGAAAAUAUCUUCACAAUAGAGCAAACAAUGACUGCCUAUGUUUGAAGCCGGCUGUGAACCAUAAACAACAACAGAUUCUUUCAGUUGAAUACUAGUGGGGUGCUUUUAAGAAAAAUUCACAUUGUAAAACAUGGGCAGCAUUUUUGCUGGUUUUGGGAAUAUUUUCAAUGAAAUAAAUAUCACCACUUUGGUUCACUUCUUUUUUCUGAACUGAAUUGCCAUAACUGUCAAAACUACCGGUGUCCUGGGCACUUUUUCUCCAGAAAAAGCAGUGGUGAAUUUGUUUAUGAGCAUGUACAAUAAUGUAACAAAUGCAAAUAAGAGAGUUGUAGAAAAUCAGUGGAAAGCAUUCCCCAAAACAUCAAUUAAAUUUGAAAAACGUUUUAAACCAAUAUUUUAUUUCCCUGAAAUACACCAGCUUCCAGCAUCUGAAUAAAAAUCACAUUCAAGCAAAAUUAAUAAACUUGCCAAACGGAGGGAAGUGGUCAUUCGCGUUCUACUGGUCUAUUUAGAGUAUUUUGUUUCUUUUUCAAAGCUUGAGAUUUUUGCAAAUUGCAUUUAGAAUCAUGAGAAUUUCAAAUGAAGAUUAUUUCUUUAAAAAAAAAACCAGUCGCCAAUGUGAAUAACAGGUUCUUGAAAGAGGUCCCCAGAAUCAUUGCUUGGGUUUACUUGUCCUGGACUAUCAAGAAAUUUGAGGCAAACCAGGUUGAAAGCAUGACCAUAUUUACUCAAAUUAGCACCGCCCUUGAGUAAGCGCCACCAAGAGCCCUGUUGUAAUGAAAAUCAAAAGAGGUUAAUUCUGUUAGUUAAAUAGGGCAAAUAACAGUAUCAUAGUCAAAACAAUUCUUUGCAUGUCCAACUUUCAAAUAAACGCCAUGAGUGCCGCGGCACUUAUUCAAGUAAAUACAGUAUGCUAAUUAAUGUCCGACCAAUUUUAGAAUAUGUCCUUCCAAAAUUAAGGUUUGAAAGGACACACGUCCUUUCAAGUAGAAAAAAUUAUUUCCAGCGCUGGAUUCAUUGGUUCUAAAUUUGGAUGUGCUACGAUCACGUUGAUCAAAUCUCUUUUUCCUGAUCCUGAUCCAAAUCAUCUUGAUGGAACGCAGGUUUAGGGCGCUCUCCAUUUGUCAGAACUGGCCGGCCGUACCAUUACCAGACCAGUCAUUUUGACAAUGAAAUCGGCUUUUUCAAAGCGAUUUGAUGAAAAACCAUUUCCUUCCUGCACACUAUUUAGGAUUUGACUGGUCUGGCUGGUAGUUUUGUUUAAAAGUGAAAUUCUCAUUUAUGACGGGAAGGGUCUGGCUGGUCAGUUUGGAUGAAUGGAAAGCUCCCUUAGACUUCUUUUAAACCAGUGCUUCAAUCUCUUUUACUGGCAGAUCUACCAGCAUUUAAAGUAUUACACAAAUCCUAGUGAACAGAGAUGGAUUGUUCGAAUUCUUUUCAUUGUUCCUAUCUACGCAUUUGAUUCCUGGUUGAGUCUGCUUUUCUUUGAACAAUCCUACUAUGUCUACUUUGACAGCAUUAGGGACUGUUAUGAAGGUAUGUUUAGAUUGAGAGCUGUAAAAAUAAUUAUUGUAUUUUGCAAGGCACCAGCAUGCAAAGAACGUCAUGUCCAAUAUCCCAGGUCUAGUGAAUUUCGCGAUCGGGCUAGAGUAAGUUCUGUUCUUAACUUGUCAGAUGGGCAAGCAAGUAAAGGUGUUUUGGGGAUUUAAAAUUGUAGAAGAGAAGUGCUGACCGCGGUUGUUCAAAAGGUGGAUAACGCUUUCCAAUGUAUUUAACAAUUAUUCCUCGAGCCCAAAUGGGCUCUGAGUCAAUAGCCCACGAGGCUAAAGGCAGAAGGCCUUCAAAGCCUACUAGUUGGUCAAAAAUAUCAAGAAUAAAAAAAUUUUAGCUAGUUAAAAGGUAAACUUUAAUCCUUUUUUGCCGCCAAAAAGCCUGCGCUUUUCGCUACUAGGGGACUAUAACAUAUAGCCUCGUAAUAGCUCAACCAAUCAGAACGCAGCAUUGAUAAUAGACCACUAGUUGUAUUUUUAAUUACUAAAAAUCAAUAUCCUCUGGAUAGUGCAAUUUAUUGGUUCUCUUAAUACUUAUCCCCUGGAUGGUGAUUUAUCAGGAUGAUAUAAACACUAUCCAGUGUUUAAGCAACCAGGGCCUGUAAGACUAAUUGGUUAAAUUACUAAUUCAUAUGGAUUGAAAGCCGUUAUUCAAGUUGAUCUGACAAAGUGAGUUUUCUACAUUAUUUUUAUUACAAUGAAUUAAUAAAGCAAGUACUAAUGGUGCAAUUAAUUAUCAUGCACAUCAAAAGUUUUUUUUGGCUAGUUUUAACAUACAGUUUUUAAAACAUACAGCUUUUACUUGUGAACUUCAAGAACAGGGCACAUUUCUCUUUUGUUUCAGCAUUUGUCAUUUACAACUUUUUGAGUCUGUGUUAUGAAUAUUUGGGUGGUGAAAUGGCAAUCUUAUCAGAAAUACGAGGAAGACCAAUCAAGUAAGUCUUAACAGUGGUAUUAAAUUCAACACUAUUAUAUAUUUCACACUGUAUAUAUAAAAUAUAUUAAUGGCAAAGCUCUGUCAGUAAAAUUCUGUUAUUAUCAAGAGAGUUUUCAAUGAAAAAAUCAUAUUAGUUGCAUUUUUUAGUGAAAAGUUCCUCAUCAAACUUAAACGCAAGAAAGUGGGGAACCAGAUAGAUACAAUAUUUUUCUUUACAUGCACACACACUCACCUAUACUAAUAAAAAACUAGCCACUCAUGGAAUAUUUCAUUGUCUACCAUAGCAAUAGUAUACUGGUAAUUGAAUGGCAGUUAAAUGUUGUUAGUACAUUUGUGUUAAGUUAAGUAGAAAUGUUGUUUUCAAUAUUAUUAUUAAUGUAGCUUAUAUAUCCACAUCAUUGUUAAUAUUUCAGAGCUAGUUGGUUGUGGUGUACAUGCUGUCUUACUGGCUGCCAGUACACAAUAGUUUUCCUCAGAUUUUGUAAACAGGUGAGAACUUUAGGUUAUGUUAUCCAAGAUUCUAGACCGUUCACAGUCCUCGGGAUCAAGCACCUACUGUUAACCCUUACAGUGCCAUCUUGGUUUCAAAUGUACUGUGUCUAGAAAUCUAUUUAGGUACCAAAGGAUGGUUUGGGAAAAGGCAGGAGAAAUAGAGAUUCCCUCUUUUUUUCUCACCUCCCUCCCCCCCACAUUAAAUCCCCAUGCCCACCCCCUCGGUACAUUCAAAACCAAGAUGGCCACCUGUAACAAUAAGUGCUCGAUCUCGACGAACUUAUGGAAAAAAACUUGUGAACAGUCCACCAAGCUGCAGAAACCAUGAGCUGUUGAUAAUUUAAUUUAAUUUAUUCAUUUAUUAGGGGACCAUAGUACACAGUUACUUCUACCUGUCCUACAGUAGCUGUUAUUUAUCAGUCCAAGUAUACAACUGUCAACUAUUUUUGAGUCCCAGGGUAAUCUUCCAUACAAGGACAAGUUCAACUCACCCCUGAGUAAGGCACUGUUGUCUAGUUUUCCUUCACUCUAUGUCAGGCAAUCCAGAUUCAGGAAAUAAAUCUGGGAAAUCUUUGCUUGUGGAAUACAGAAUCCAGGAAUCUUUUGCUUGUGGAAUCUGGAAUCCUGGGCUUUGAAUUUGAAUCUGUAAUCCGACUCCAGGAAUCUGAAAUCCCACUAAGGAUUGGAAUUCAGAAUCCAAGUUCCACUGGCAAUGAAUCGGGAAUCCGUGGCCUAGAGUCAAGUUUCCAAGUCUGUUUUUAUUACCUUAUGUGGGGUGAUUUCCUAUUUGCUGAUUUCUCAAUUCAUUCCAUAAUAUUUUGCCACUCUGUGCUAUGCCAGCCCUGAUCCUUUGUAAUAAUUAUAUUAUAAUAUUAAUAAAUAUUAUAUUAUAUUAUAUCAUAUCAUAUCAUAUCAUAUCAUAUCAUAUCAUAUCAUAUCAUAUCAUAUCAUAUCAUAUCAUAUAUCAUAUCAUAUCAUAUCAUCAUAUCAUAUAUCGUAUCAUAUCAUAUCAUAUCAUAUCAUAUUAUAUUAUACCGUAUAAUUAUUGAUGGUGACUUCAAUGUCAGUUACAGUGGAACCUGAAUAUAAUGAACCUCUAUAUUAUGAAGUCCUCUGUGUAAAGAACAAUUUUCUUUACCCCAGAUAGACUUUAUUAUGGUAAAAUAUUGGUAAAAGAACCGCGAUAUAACGAAUUCUCGUCAUAGAGAACAGUAAACAAAUUUUUCCAGUCCCUUGGCCCUUUGUUAUGUUGAUGUUCGACUGUAUUUCCUUCUUUAACAUCUUGUCUGAACUUAAUGGUGAUCAAAUAUUGAUUAUUGAGUUUAUGAUUGAUUUGCAGGCAACUCUUCAGUACUGUGUAAUCAAACCAAUUAUGGCGGUCAUUACUCUCAUCCUUCAGCCAUUAGGCUAUUACUCAGAUGGAGACUGGAGGUAUUCACACGUCUUUUUUGUUACCGUAAAUCUUCUAUUAAGCCCUGUGGGGGGCUUAUUUAUUUCAAGCCCAUUUGAGGGGGAGCUUAAUAGAGAUAGGGGGCUUAUUUGAGUGGGGAGUUGGGGGAGGGGGGCUUAUUUAAUUUAGACACGACGAUGGUAUCAGUUCUCCGUAAAGAACUAGAGUACAAAGUGGAAAAGCUCAAGUACAAGAAUGUGGAGGUCAUGCAGCCACGGAUCAGAAUCAAAUCCGAACUUCCAGUUAGUAAAUAAACCAUCCCGGAUCAGUCCACAUGAAGUUUUACAUUUGUGAUUGAUCAAUACAGUCUAUCAUUUAUUACUGAAGAAUAAUUAGGGGAGGGGAGGGGUGGCUUAUUAACUUUGUUUCCCAGAGAAGGGGACGAAGGCUAAUUGAGAGUGGGGCUUAAUAGAGGAUUUACAGUAAAUCCUGAUACAGCCUCCACUAAUUAUGUAAAAAUGCAAUAUAUUCAUCCUACAUGUAAUUUUCCCAUGUAUAUAUUUGUUGCAGAUCAACAUGAGGCCCCAUCCACACAUAUCCGUUGUUGCUUAAAAACUGAGAUUUGUUUCUCGUUUUGGCCCACUGUCCACAUGUAUCAAGUAAAAAUGGCCAUCGAAAAUGCAUCUUUUCAGAAACGCUCUCAGAGUAGAGGUUUUGAACUUGCCAUUUUGCUGCACUCAUGUGGAUGUACAAAAAUGGAGGUUUCUGGAAACGAGUUACGUCACGGUGUUGAAUACCAGUAAAUGUGCAUGCUUCCAUAAAAGAUGGGUCCUUUUUUCAGCCAGGUCGUUUUCAGCCGUGUGGACGGGCAAAAACGGACGCUGUUUUUUUGGCAACAGAGAAAAAAAUUGUCAUUAAAAAAAAAAAAACGAUAUGUGUGGACGGGAGAUGAAACUCGGGACAAAAUGGUUUUAACCUAGUUUGAAUGUCAGUUUUCUUUGUUUCCUAACUAAACCCUAUAAAAAUCAGACUAGGUUGAAACCAUUUUUACCUAAAAUUUCAUUUUGAGCUACAAAAUUUAUAAUUGACAAAUGAAUUUCUAAGCGUGAAAAAAUUUGCAUCAGAUCUGGCCCCAGUUGUUUAAUCAUUGGUUGGCAACAUCCAUCAAAUAAAUCACUAUCCAGUGGAUAAGUAUUAGGGAAACCAAUUGCGUUGUAUACCGGAUAGAGAUUUAUCUACUGGGCAACUAGGUAGCGUUUGACACCGUUUGAACAACUGGGGCCUAUAGGCAAUAGCUUAGCAUCAUAUAUAUCCAUACAGACUAAGGCUCACAUAUAACCAAUGUAACAAGCUUCUUUUUCUUUUUUGUUUCAGGGCUGAUCGUGGUUAUCUAUACAUUACCAUUGUUUAUAACAUUACAGUCUCACUGGCUCUGUAUGCGCUGUUUCUGUUUUAUCAAGCUACAAGAGAUCUUCUUAGUCCUUACUAUCCUGUUUUAAAGUUUUUCACCAUCAAGUCUGUUAUUUUUCUUUCCUUCUGGCAAGGUAAGAAGAGAUCACUCAGUGAUAAUGUUUCAGUUGAAUUAUAGUUCUUGGAUUUAUAUAAUCCUGGGCCGGGUUGUUCGAAGUAGCCGGGUUAAGGUAACCCAGGGUUAGUGCGAAAUUUGAACUCGCAUAUGAGAGCUUAAAAAGCUAAUUCAGUUUAAUUCUCUUGGCCUACAAUUUGAUGAUUGGAUACUCUAAAAAGAAUAGCGAAAAUUAUCCGAGAGAGUGCUUUUGAUAAAAAGAAAAAGAAACCCGUGUUAAAAUUAACCCCCGGGUUAGCGCUAACCGGCGUUCGAACAACUGGGCCAUGGACAGAACGUUCGGUCGCUCACAAGCAAGCUCGCGCAAAUGCUAGAGGCUCAUGCGUGCGCGUUUGGCGAGCCGUGAAAAUUGCGCAAAUUUUCCAUUUGCUCCAUGACUGGCAUCGAAAAUAUCGAGGAAAAUUAGCUGCGCGAGAACGCGAGGGCCACGCACGCUAAUCUUAAAUAGCUGGGACACUUAACUCUACUCUUGACUGAAUCUCAUCCCCUUUCGCAUAGUUGUAAAAAAUGGGGAUACCGUUUGGUACGAGGGGCAAGGAAGCAUUUGCAUGAAGUGUCUCAAUAAUUGUGUUUUCAAGUAUACAACUGAUAUACUUAGUGCUUCUUGAGUCCCCUCCCCUCCCCUUCUCAAAAACAAAAACAACAAAAAAAGCUUGGGAACUAAAAUAGAGACCGUAGUACUUUUCAUCGGGGAAAACAUUUUCUGUUGUUUCUUUAAAUUUGUUUUAGGUGUUCUUCUAGCUGUGUUUGAAAAGGCAGGUGCUAUCCGUACUUAUCAUAACAUCUCUGCCGGCACAAUCGCCGCAGGCUAUCAGAAUUUCGUGGUGUGCAUAGAAAUGUUUUUCGCAUCCAUAGCUCUGAGAUAUGCCUUUCCUUUUUCAAUCUACCGCCAUCAAAGAAAACUGGAUGAGCGCGGGCAAGGGAUUGCUUUGAAGAGCAUCUCGAGAAACCUUAGGCAAACAAUUAACCCAAAAGACAUUGUAGACGACGCGAUACACAACUUCUCCAGAUCGUAUCAGCAUUACGCUAACGCGCAGAAUUUAAAGAAUUUCAACGAGGAGAGUGUCUACAAUGAAGAGAGCGCAAUACCGGGGAACAAUGUUACGUCAUAUCGUAGUACCGUGGUGGAUAACCUGGACAGUAUCAGGCCAGGAAUGCAGGUGACUGUAUUGGACAAUCAUGGAUAUAGGUAUGAUAAUGAUACUAACACCCUGCUGGAUUCUGAUGAUGAGUUUUAA